AUGCACGCUGAUUACUCGCCUGUCUUAAUUCUGCUUCUUUUGGACUAUGCAAUAAGCGCUUUUAUAAAACUUGGUGUCACCGACUUGGGAUUUGCUCAGUAUUGUAAGUGCUGUAGAAGAGCACCAUUAAACCCAGUGUUUUAAGGUACGAUGCUCCGUUUUGGCACGGAUCGCAAACGGCAACAACUGGAUGUCUCUUUAAACACUCCUGAGAUUAGCGUGCUUGACGCUGACUGCAACAAUACCUAUGGGAAGUGCCAGAAAUUCUGUCAAAAUGGUAUGUUUUUGUUCCCUAGAGGAGUGGAAACUUGCGAAAGCACUAAGCUGCAACACUGAGAACAUUUUUCAAAUGAAAAAAGCGGUGUGAUGAUAAGGUAUCAUAUCAAACAGUCAUUGAUAUUACGCCCGUCACCAAUGAUUAGACUUUGUAACAAAAUUUGGUCGGCGCCCCUACAGUGACCGACCUGAUCCAGCGGCACAAAAUGUGCGAUUUUGCCUCCGGGAAGUAUCAAAAAAUGUGGCAAAAUGCCUCCCUCUCCAAAUAUGAAAAAAUUCUUUUGAAGUGCGCCCCGCUUCCCACACAAAAAGAACUGGUGCGCUUUUGAAAUAUGAAUUUUUUCACUUGGAAAGGGAGGUAUUUUGCUACAUUUUUUGAUACUUCCCGCAUGCAAAAUGGUACGUUUUUGCCACUAGAUCAUGUCCGUACUGUAUUUAAAUUACCUCCGCUUCUUUCAGAUGAGUUCUGCCAUUUAUUCUGCAGUCCGAUGUGUUGCAUAAAUCCCGAAACCCGAAGCAAACAAUGUGCUGGGAAUAGAGCAAGCGACUAUAUGCAUAAUUCGACAAGCUUUAAAGUCCUCAACGAAUAUUGGACUUCUGCCGAGGACCAUGCUUCAGGGAUAUGGGUGGAAGACGAGGUUCAUGUUGGUGAUGUUGAUCCUGAAGUCGAAACGAGUGCUGGGAAAAUCACAUUCGCGUUGAAGGUUGUGAAUUCUCUUUAUUUGGAUCCGGAUGCGAUUAGACGGUAAUCUGAAUAUUCCUUUUGUAUUUUCGUUUUAGUGGCGACUUGGGAUUUGGCCGGCAUCCGACCAAAAGAAGUAUUGUUCAAGUUAUCUAUGAUAAGGGCAUAAUUGACCGGCCUGUGCUUACGAUCGCAUAUCAUCUUCGUUAUUCUCCAUACUACAUUCUUGGAGAACACUCGGAGAGUUACUGCGGGGCCGAAAAACACAAAGUUCAGGCGUUGGGUAACCGGGAAUGGAUGUUUGACGCAAUCUCAGCGACUUUUCUCAAUUUUAAGUCACACCGUCGAAAAUUUCGAAUGAUUCUGUCUUCAGACGGCGUAAUUGGUAUGCCACGACAUGUUUUACUGACUUUACUGGAAACCAACGUGAUCACUACGUAUCUAAGACAACGAAAUUUCUACUCUCUAAAUAGGAAAUCGGAUGAUUACAGUUUCUCAUUUACUUCUUCCUCUAAUUUUACGUUGUAUUCGAAUUUGCGUUCAGUCAAUGUCUCUUACUUUUUGCUUCCGCCAAGUAACAAAACCGUAUUUCCUGCGUCUGCCGUUGAUCCAAAUCCCGACGGUGUCGAGUGGAUUGUUGGAAGAAUGAUCUACUUAAAUUACUGCGCCUUUUUUGACUAUGAUGAGAACUCAAUAUCGUUUUCGAAGCUGACCCCGGAUUGGUGA